UCUUCCCACCCCCACUCAUCUCUUAUGCCUGAAUCCCACGGCGUUAAGACCUCAGCCACAGCUCGUCUCUCACUCCACCGCGACGCAUCUCGCCAUUCUCCGCUGCCGGCGUUGCUUGCGACUGGAGCGCAUUCUUAUUUUUAUUAUUAUAUCGUCCAGUUAUUUCUCCGGGAGAACGGUGCUUGCACCAUCGCCACCCCCCUCCCCCUCCUCCAAUCGUUUAAAUUAAAAAAAGGUGAUUCGCGACAAGACGCUUCUUACUCCAGCAUGAUUCCGUGCCGGCGAGCUGUGCUGGGCAUCGUGCUGGCUUGCCUCUUCUGCGUAUCCAGCGCCAGAAAGGUAAACAAGCACCGGCCAUGGCUGGAGGACGUCUACCAUGGCGUGCUCAAGGAGACGGAGCAGAUCGUCAUGAUGGAGCUUCCCCUCAUCGCCCUCGACAAGGACGCUCCGCUGCCCUACGCCGGAGAGAUAUGCGGUUUCCGCGUAAGUGGCGCGGGCGACAUCCCCUUCGAGGUGGUGCUGGUGGACGGGCAGAGCGGUGAGGGCCUCGUGAGGGCCACUCACCCGCUGGGUUGUCCAUCGCGGGGGCCUGACGACGCCGACACCGCCAACAAGGCUCGCCGUGACUACACCUUCUCCGUGCAGGCCUACGACUGUGGUGAGGGCCCGGACGGAACCGGCCAGAAGAAGUCACGCAAGGCCAUGGUGCACGUGCGGGUAAAGAGCGUGAACCGCCACGCGCCCGAGUUCCUGCAGGGCGAGUACAGUGCCAGCGUGGACGAGGCCGCGGAGCCCGGCGCCGCCCUCGUGCGCGUCGAGGCGAGCGACGGGGACUGCUCGCCGCUCUUCGGCCGCGUCUGCGACUACCAGAUCCUCACCGCGGGCGCGCCCUUCUCCAUCGACUCCGACGGAGUGAUCCGCGCCACAGAGCGCCUGUCAUACGAGCUGCACGGCGAACAGCAGCUGACCGUGGCGGCGUACGACUGCGGCAAGCGGCGCUCCGCCGAGGACGCCCUGGUCACCAUCGGCGUGCGGCCUGUGUGCAGGCCCGGCUGGCAGGGCUGGAACAAGCGUGUGGAGUACGAUCCGGGCAGCGGCGGACGAGCACUCUUCCCUGGUGCCCGGCUGGAGACGUGCGGGCGCCGCGUUGCGUCGGCACGCGCCACCGUCGAGCUCCAGACGGCGCACAUCGGCAAGGGCUGCGACCGAGAGACCUACGCGGAGAACUCGCGCCGCAAGCUCUGCGGCGCUUCGACCGGCGGAGUCGACCUGCUGCCGUCGCCGGAGCUGCCGGGGUCCUGGACCCAGGGGCUGCCCACGGAGGUCCCCGAGGGGCCCGACUCGACCGGCGAGCGCGUCUUCCUCUUCGACGGCACUCGGGCCGCCCUGGUGCCCGACGCCGCCGUGCCGGCAAACCUGACGCACCGCUUCACGCUGGCCGCCUGGCUCCGCCACGGCCCGCUCUCGGGACCCGCGCAGCGCUCCGAGAAGGAGGCCAUCCUCUGCAAUUCUGACAAGGCUGGUAUGAACCGCCACCACUACUCGCUCUACAUACACAACUGCCGCCUCGUCUUUCUCCUCCGGUCGGAGUUUUCCCAGACGGACACGUUCCGCCCCGCCGAGUUCCACUGGAAGCUGGACCAGGUGUGCGACAAGGAGUGGCAUCACUACGUCAUCACGGUGGACACGCCCACCGUCACGCUGUACGUCGACGGGGUUUCCUACCAGCCCUACCUCGUCACCGACGAUUGGCCAAUCCGGCCGGGAAAGAGCCAAUCGCAGCUCGCCAUCGGGGCCUGCUGGCACGGCGGCGAGCAGCCAUCUCCGCGCUUCGCUCAGUUCUUCCGCGGAGACAUCGCGGGCUUCACAGUGCUGCCGGGGCACGUGGAGACGCAGGCCGUGGUGGCGUGCCUUCACGCCUGCAAGGAGAGCCUCGAUCUGCCCGCCCUGCCCAACGCCUCCAGCGCCGUGAAGGUGCACUUCAACCCGACCAGGCUGACCCUCACGCUGGAGGUGGAAGGUCACGACCUGGAGCAGCUGACGGAGGCCGUUAAGCGCGUGGCCUACGUCAACACUCGCCAGUUCCCCACGCCGGGCCCCCGCGACCUCCACCUGGCCACGGUGCUCCACUGCGUGGAGGAGGGCUGCCCGGACGUCCCGGAGGUGAGCGCGUACGUCAUGGUGCUACAGCCCGAGGACCCGCACAUCGUGCUCAGCGGCGCCGACUCGUUCGCUCGGCCCGCCGGGGAGUUCCCCGACGGCGUGGUGCUCUUCCCCGACCUGCGGGUCGUGAGCUCCGUCACCCGCGAGGUGCCCAGCGACGUGGGAGGCCAGGAGGCCGUGGUGUCCGAGGAGAUCCUUCACAACCUGGACCGCUGUGAGGUCGCGGCACUUGGCGACCCCCUGGAGGGCCCCCAGGAACGCUUUGAGGUGCCAGCCGACCAGCUGAGCCCCCAGGGCCUGGAGGUCACCAGCGGCCCCCAGGGCAUCACCAUCUCCGGAGUGGAGAGCCUGGCGAGCUACGAGCGUGUGCUGCGCACUGUGCGCUACCUGCACAACAACCCGGACUCGCUGUUCGAGCGCCGCUUCCGGCUCACGUGCUCCGAGCUCAACGGCCGCUACGCCAGCAACAGCCUGCCGCUCGACGUGACGGUGCUGCAUGUGGUGCGUGCGUCGGAGCACGUGAACCACGCGCGCGUGCAGCCCGAAUUCGUUCACUCGGUUCACUACCCCGAGCUCUCGGGACACAGCCUCACGGCGACGGCGCACAGCAACGCCAUCCCCGGCACGGCCACGGUGGUCAUCGUUCUGUGCGUGGGCUUCCUCGUCUUCGCCAUCGUGCUGGGCGUCGUGCGCGCCCGCUCGGCCAACCAGCGCGGAGCACGUGAGCAGGAGGGCUCCCGCGACAACGAGAUGGACUGGGACGACUCGGCGCUCACCAUCACCGUCAACCCCAUGGAGUCGUACGGCGGCGAGCAGGCGAGCGAGGCGGAGAGCGAAGUGGAGGCAGACGCCGAGGAGGAAGAGGAAGAAGAGGAGGAGGAGGAGGAGGAGGAAGAGGAGGAGGAAGAAGAGGAAGAGGAGGAGGAGGACGACAUCACGGCCGCCGAGUCGGAGGAGAGCGGCGCCGAGGAGGGAGACGGGGAGGCCGGGGUGCGCGCCUCUGUGGAGCAGCAGCAGCCGCGGCACGCCCCCCGUGAGCAGCUCGAGUGGGACGACUCGACCCUGACCUUCUAGGGGUCGGGGGGGCGCCCGCGGAGCGAUCGGUACGACGAUGACGACGACGACGACGAUGAUAUUAAUGAGGUGAUGAAAUGCACAAAGGUAGCAGCAAAACUACGCGACGUAUACGUAACGUCCCUCGGCGUAGAAGAAAAAACGCUGGCGAUAAAAGCCGGUGACAUCCCUCGUCCUCCAAAUAAGUAUUGUGUGUAGCUCGUAUCUGCCCGGUGGUCUUCAUCCAGUGGUGGACAUUCCACGUUCUUAAGACGGAGAUCAGUCUGUCCGGAGGACCAACCACUGUUUGAAUUCCACCACGUGGUGCGUCCCAGCAAGGAAAAGGUGCAGCCCUGCAAUUACCCCCUCUUGCCACUGCUCCUGCCCCUUGCUAGCUGACUGCCCCUCACUAGCUGACUGCCCCUCACUGCCCCUGAAUGCCCCCCCCCCCCCAGCUCAUUUGAUCUUCCCCUAAAUGACGGGUUGCCAUGACACCGGUACACUCGCGAGGAGUCGAACUCACAAAUUGAACGAUUCUCCCAGCUCUGUUACUCUAUCAACCGAGCUUUGUACCGUCCAUUGGAUAUUUACGAAGACAAAGAUCUUAACUGACUCUUGGGGCAGGUGCUUUUUGCAAGCACCUUAUGAUUAUUCUUUGGGUCUUUCGGUAAAGUCACGUAGAUAAGUUCAAAGAAAAUAACAAAAAAUAACAUUAAUAUGAAUUGCUGCAGUCACCUUAUGAUUGCUGGCACAGUACAUGAGGGGCGAUGUGGCCAGCACCACGCCCGGCCUCCUUUGUCUCCCUAGUUAUGAUGUUUAACAUCGUACCAGGUACUCGUUUAAGGCCAAGUCAACCUAGGGGAGGCCCAGGACUGGUUCACAUAAAUCGCCACUGGCGUUGCUAUGUAUGUGUAGUGGUCGACUUCACGCGGACAACUAUUAUUUUCUCCGACACCACUUUUAUUACCACUCUCCACAUUAUGUCUAUAACUUCACAGUUCCUCUGUUUGUGCUCCGUCCGUCUCGUUCGCUCCGCUUCCUCCCCUGUCUCCAACUGUCUCUCUCCGUCGCUCGCUGUCUGUCUCUCUCCGUCACUCGCUGUCCCUGUCUCUCUCCGUCGCUCGCUGUCUCUGUCCCUCUCUCCGUCACUCGCUGUC